CUGUCGGGUGGUCUGCCUGCUGGAGUCAGUAGGACUGAUGCCUCACAGCUUGAACGCACGGUGCUCCUUUCCUUUUUCCUGCCUUCUUUGUUUCUUUUUUUUUGUACAACAAAAUAAGACGUCUCGAUUCUGCUCCUCAUUCCUGCCGACCGUCCGUCCUGUUACUCAGUAAUGCAUUCCGAAGCAGCCACGCUGUGGGCAUUGCUACUCCAACUGCCUAACAGAAGAAAAGAGAUGGCCUACUAUAACGGAACGCGCCCCGACGCAGGAACGUUUGGCCUGUAUCUUGAUAUUAUAGGUAUAAACUGUGAUUUUUAAAUUAUUAUUAUUGUUUUUUUUUGCUGUUGGUUUGAUAUUGAUUGAAGUUCAUCAUUAUUAUUUUAUUGUAUUAACUUUGGGUACCGCAAGUGAAAAAAGAAAAACCUAACGCCGCGUGCAGCAAAGCAUUCGGAUUGGCUAUCCCUCGGACGAAGGCUCGUUCAAACUGAAGCCGCGGUUUGGGACCGAAUGUCACGUCAGCAAUGGCUUGGUUCGUAGGCCUACAGCUCAACGUGUGGAAGAAAAUGUCGUUCAUUGGUCGCCGUGAUUUUCAUGGGCUUUCCAUUCCACGCCAAAGCACUGAAAGCAUACACCUUGCGAGCAGUGAUCCAUGUUUUUUUGUUUUCAUUUAAGGGGGCGUUAAAAAAGUGACCAUUAAUAAUGAGAAUAUAUUUAGAAUUAUUUGUUCAAACUGUGCCACAUUAAUGCUUUAUUAUUAUGGUAAUAUGUUGAUAUUGCCAAUGCCAUACAACUCAAGCAGCAGAGUCGACCUUUGCGCUGUUUACUAUUGUAGUUAAGAUAAGAAGAUUAGAAAGUAUUGCAAAGAUAAUAAGCAGGGCUAAUUAAACGUGAGCAAACUGACCCACUCAACGGCAAACUGAUGCUUUUUAAAAAAAAAAUAUUCACAGCAGUCAACGAUGUAUUAACCCCACACACCUACACACAAGCAAACGCACACAAACACUGUCACACGCACACUGCCUGGACUCACCCACUCUCCAGCCAAUAGCCUGACCCCCACAGAGAGAGGGUCCACUGUAUAGGCACCCAGUCACAUUCCAGCUGUGUCUUUCUAAUUGUCUCAUGGCAGCCCAGCUGUGGGACGGUUCCAGUUCACUAGCAGUGAUUGUACAUUGGGUUAUAGGCAUAGCUACAUGUUAAGAAAAGGGCAAAGUGUUAACAUUUGUACCAAAGUGAGCCCUUCUCGUUUCAGUUUGGCACCGAUGGCUCUGACAGGCUAACACCCAAGUGAUUUUGAGUAUAUCGAUUUUUUGUAACUAUUCCCUAAAAUAUAGGCCUGGUAUCGAUAUUUCAUUGAGGCAUAGUGCAAUUAUGAAUGCUAUAAUCAUUGUACAUACAACUCUCUCUCUCUCUCUCUCUCUCUCUCUCUCUCUCUCUCUCUCUCUCUCUCUCUCUCUCUCUCUCUCUCUCUCUCUCUCUCUCUAUAUAUAUAUAUAUAUAUACAUAUAUACACAUGUGUUUAUAUAUGUAUAUAUAUAUAUACACAUAUAUGGCAGUAUCUUUGUUGGCUUAAUAAUGACCUUUUGGCAGACUGAAUGUGCAGUAUUGGAAAUAUGUAUCUAUGUGAUUGUGAAAGGGUUUCCUUUUUUUUCAAGAGGAGUAUGUACAUUUUGUGUUUGGUUGGUGUACUUUCCCAACAACAAUGUUCACUUUUAAAAACUAUAAAGACAACUAUUCUAAUCCAACAUCGUACAAAACCUGGUGAGCCUACAAUUACUUCUUGAAACCAUCAAUAUGAAAGCAUUAUAUAUUGUUCACAUAUAUGCUGAACUUCUGUACUUUCAUCACAGGAAGAAACACUUUUACAUCUACAGUGUAUUUUGUUUACUUUAUUUUACUAGUAAGUAAAACUGUUAAUUAUAUAGGUCUACACAGCUAUCAAUAAGUAUUUUCUUACUCAACUCUGAGACAUAAUAUGAAUAAAUGAAUAAAAGGCGAGGACAUAUUUCAAACUGCUGAAUUGCUUUGAGAAGCAAGACUAAUUCUGGGAGAUGUUUUGCCUACUGCCUACACCCCAUACAGUGAGACAUAAGUCAGUAUAACAAUUAAUUGUAUAACAUGCAUUAGGCCUAUCUUUCAAAAAACAGCCGAGGCCAGAUAAAGGCUGCAGUUUAAAGAAUGUUUGUUAAGCCUCUGUCAGUGAGGUGGGACGACAUCCUUUCAUGAAUCCCCACAGUGCCACUGCCUUGUAAACUUCCUCGUUUGUGUUUCCCCAGUUGGCACCGCCCUUCUAGGAAGAAAUUGAUAAAGUUCAGGAUGGACCAGCCCUCCACAGCAAGAUGCGUUCUGCAGUCAAACCUCUCCACCGGCCACAGCGCAUUUCUCCCUCUUUUGCGCAAAGGUUUCCAGAAGGACUAUAGGGUGAAGUAGAUGGAUCUUCAAUCAGUUUUUUCUUCAAACACUGGAAGUAACGUCAAGCAGACCUAAAGAUGCGCAAGGCGCACUCCGACUGAGACAAGGGUGUGUGAGUGCGUGUGUGUGUGCGUGCGUGCGUGUUUGGAACGAGGGGAGCGCAGAGGAGGCGCGAUUGGGUUCAUCAUCAAAUCUCCACAGUUUUGAGGCGCACGGGAGGACGACGUUGACGGGUCACCGGACAGAGACGUUCAUAGUUCAAACAUGGCCGGUUGUUGUUCAUCGAAUGAGGAUAAGGCGAAAAAGAGAAUCAAUGAGGAGAUUGAACGACAGCUGCGGAGAGACAAGAAGGAUUCCCGCAGGGAACUGAAACUGCUGCUGUUAGGCACAGGAGAGAGCGGCAAGAGCACCUUCAUCAAGCAGAUGAGGAUCAUCCAUGGAGGGGGCUUCUCCGAGGAUGACAAGAAGAGCUACGCUAAGCUGGUCUUCCAGAACAUCUUCACCUCCAUGCAGGCCAUGGUCCGCGCCAUGGAGCCGCUUGUCAUAGCCUUCACCGAGGGGGACAGCCAGGCCUAUGCCGACUCCGUGCUGGAGGUGGAGGUGGACAAGGUGGAGGAGUUCGACCAGACUCUCUCAGUGGCCAUCAAGAGCCUGUGGAAGGAUGGUGGGGUGCGGGGGUGCUACGACCGGCGCAGAGAAUACCAGCUCUCUGACUCCACCAAAUAUUAUCUUGACGAGCUGGAUCGCAUUGCAGACCCCUCAUAUAUACCAGACCUGCAGGACAUCGUCAGAGUGAGAGUGCCCACAACUGGUAUAAUAGAAUACCCCUUUGACAUGGAGAACGUCAUCUUCAGGAUGGUGGAUGUGGGAGGUCAGAGAUCAGAGAGGAGGAAGUGGAUCCACUGCUUUGAGAACGUCACCUCCAUCAUCUUCCUGGUGGCGCUCAGCGAGUACGACCAGGUCUUGGCAGAGUGCGACAAUGAGAACCGCAUGGAGGAGAGCAAGGCCUUGUUCAAGACCAUCAUCACCUACCCCUGGUUCCAGAAAUCCUCAGUCAUCCUCUUCCUCAACAAGACCGACAUCCUCACUGAGAAGAUACAGUACUCUCAUGUCGCUAACUACUUCCCUGAGUUCACAGGACCUCAGCAGGACCUGAAGGCGGCCCAGGAGUUCAUCCUGAAGAUGUACAUGGACGAGAACCCCGACAAGGAGAAGACGGUGUACUCCCACUUCACCUGCGCCACCGACACGGAGAACAUCCGCUUUGUGUUCGUGGUGGUUAAGGACACCAUCCUGAGACACAACCUGAAGGAGUUCAACCUGGUGUGAGGGUCCCUCAGAGGAGGCUAGGUCGGGACAGAAAGGACAGGAGAUGACAAGUCGAAUAGUCACAGUCGCAUUGUUGUUGUCGGAGGAGGAAUAGUCUUUUCGUUAUAAUAUGCGAUCCCUUCACAAUAAUACUUGACACUGUCAAGACUGCAUUUUUUGGGUAGAAGAAAUGCAUUUUCUUCUUGUUUUUAGAAUCAGAACGAAAUAUGAAUAAUCCUUGUAGGGAUCUACCGUAAGGAAUAAUUAACUUAUUAAUCGUCUGUGUGGACUAAAUAUCUACUUAAGUUAUGAUAAUUAAAAUGAAGGCCUGCCGUAGGAAGGUUCAAGCCAAUAGUGAAGAUGGUUUUGGAGUAGCUGAAUGCACUGCGCUGCAUUUUAUAAUAUGCAUAAAACAUGUUACAUUUCUAUCUACAAAUAAUGUAUAAAAAUAAUUUAUAAAAAUGUGAAACUCUGAAAUACUUUGCUCUGUCGCGAGUUACUCUGUUUUCCCCCAAGUGCCUUGUUUAUUCAAAACACACCUCCAUUUGAUUCUGUCCUUCUUAGACUCUACCAAGUUUAGCUACGACUACUCUUACGCCUCUUAAGGAUAGUUAUUUUUAUUUGGGAGGGAUGGUAAACUUUCCUGUUGUUCCUGUUAAAAGUAACUUUAUUAUAGACAUGAUAGUUUUUAAUAAAAAUAGUUGUUGUAAUGAAAAGCUGCAGUCUUUGUUUUGUUUCAAGGUGUAAACAGGUAAACAAACAUGCAUGAACAAAAAGCAGGAUUUACUUUAAACCCAUUUAUUAUUUUCAAAUGACAAAAUUCUUCAUUCAAUGCUAUAUUCUACAUUUAUGCAAUUGUUUCCCUUAAAGUUGAAUGACUAAGACAUAUUUAGACAUUGAUUUAGUGACACUAACACCAAAAGACCGAACCAAACUAUUAAAACAAGCCAGUGCAUAUAGCAGCCAAGGAAGAUAAUUGCAUUAGUUAUUCUGAAUAUUCUGUUACAGAUCCUCUUUAAAGAAUUCUAGAAUUGUGGUAUAAAACAUAAAAAUCACAAUAUUAGAAUAAGCAUUUCUGUUGGAUUUGUACACACAUUGCAUUAUCCUAGAUAAAUAUACACGGUUGAUAAAAUAUAUAAAAAAAUAACAUGCAUCUGUUAACAGACAGCGCAGCGAUGUUUGGCAAUGAGUGCUUUCUUUUUGAAUUAGAAUGACAAGUUUCUUUUACGAUAAUGUGUGCAAGAUCUACUAACAUACAGCGUUAAACCUGCAUGUGUUCAAGUUCAAUUAUCCCAAAACCCAUUCAUCAAUCGCUAAACAUUUUGUUUGUGCAUUCCACUCUAACUUUUCCAAUGAACAAUCAAAUAAAUGUGUUACUUGAACCAGCCUAUGGUGUCUGCUUAAUGGUAAACACUGUUCAAACGUAGCAGUAGCAAAUUAUCACAAAGACAACACUAAUGUAUUUUAGAGUUUUUUGUAUAAUAGACACCUGUGAUUAAUUAGGGACAGCUGUAUCAUGCAUCUAUACAGACUCACUCAUUCUCAAAAAUGUUACCGACUGGGACAUACCGCAAGUUACUGAUUUAAGUAAAUUGUAGCAUGCUGCAAGGGAAAAAGGCACUGACACACACAUAUAUAAAUCUAUAGGUGUGUUGGUGUA